AUGGCGGUGAACAAUAAGAAAUUCAAUCAGAUCAUGACACAUAACAAAAUGCUUGAGACACGAAUUACCCAACUACCAAACACUUUGAAAGAUUGUGCUAGUCCUUCUGCAUUGUCUUCUCAAGGAGUUGAUCCCAAGAAACGGGUUUAUUCCAUCACCACAAGGAGUGGAAGAGUUCUUGAAGAGAGAGUUUCAAGGGAUUCUGAGGAGGACAAGAAGAAGAGUGUUUCAAGUGAGCAAAAAGAGAAAGAUGUGUCAAGGGAUUUGAGCAAAGAAGAGGGCCAUGAGAAAGAGAAGAGUGAUGAGAGAAAUCAAGAGGAAGUGAGAAAACCCGACCUUCCAUAUCCCCAAAAGUUUAUGAGGAAUAAACUACAUGAACAAUUUGGGAGAUUUCUUGAAAUGUUGAAGGAGGUCCAGCUUUCUACCCCUCUUACCGAAGCCAUGACCCAAAUGCCUAGGUAUUCCAAGUUCCUUAAGGAUAUCUUUAGUGGAAAGAGAGAUUGUAAUGAGAUUGAUUUGGUGGAGCUUAGUGAGUGUUAUAGUGCCUUGAUUCACAAUGACCUCCCCAAGAAGAUGAAAGAACUGGAUAAUUUCUACAUUCCUUGCAAAAUCAAGAGUAAGAUGUUUAAGAAUGCUUAUGUGAUUUGGGUGCUAGUGUGA